CGCGAAUUCUCGCGAUGGCCUCGUCCCCAUAGCGCAAUACACCUCGGCAGGAAGUACGGUCCGCUAUGCUGGACCUUGAAACACCCACAGACUACCCCGAAGGCGGGCUCCAGGCAUGGCUGGUGGUCGUCGGUGCCUGGUGCGCCAUGAUCCCCUCCAUGGGCCUGUUGAAUACUCUGGGGACGCUGCAUUCCUGGACCAGCGAACACCAGCUGAUGGGCUACUCGGACUCCAGUAUCGGGUGGAUAUUCGGUGCUUAUGGGUUUUUCCUCUACGUCGCUGGUGCCCAGGCCGGGCCCAUCUUCGACUGCUACGGGCCCUUGUAUGUCGUCGUGCCUGGUUCUAUAGGAAUGGUCGCAUCUUUAAUCUGCUUUAGCUUUAGCACUGCAUACUACCAGAUAUUCCUCUCCUUCAGCGUCCUCGGCGGCCUCUCGGCCUGCACCCUCUUUAAUCCAGCUGUUUCGGUCAUCGGCCACUGGUUUGACUGUCGCCGAGGAGUCGCUACUGGCAUUGCCUGCACUGCUGGUGGUGUCGGUGGCGUCAUCUUCCCGGUUAUUGUCAUGUUUGCUGCCCCCAGAGUCGGAUUCGGCUGGGCUAUUCGCAUCAUUGCAUUUCUCUCCGCCGGUUUACUUGCAAUGGCCUGUCUUUUUAUGCGUACCAGACUGCCACGUCCCAAGGGAAAGUCGGCGGCAAUCGACUUCAAGGCCCUGUCCGAUCCCCGCUACGCCACGACAACACUCGCCGUGUUCCUGGUUGAAUUCGCAGUCUUCAUUCCGAUCACCUAUGUCUCCAGCUAUGCACUUCAUGUUGGAAUAGCCAAGAACAUGUCCUAUGCACUAAUUCCUCUGCUCAACGCCGGGGCCAUCCCCGGUCGUUUUCUUCCAGGGCUUGUGGCGGACCGACUUGGGCGCUUCAACGUCAUGAUUGCCACCUCUCUCUUCUGCUCCAUCCUCACCCUCGCUCUUUGGAUUCCGAUCGAAAGUAAUACUGCCGGUGUAAUCUGCUACGCAGUCCUCUUUGGCUUUUCCAGUGGUGCAGCAAUCAGCCUCACGCCUGUCUGUAUCUCGCAGGUGUGCAAGGUAGAGGACUACGGGCGCAGAAAUGGGACAACCUUCACGAUUUCCAGUAUAGGAACCCUUACCGGAAUCCCGAUAGCUGGAGCUAUUCUGCAAGCUGGCGAUGGGAACUACCAGGGGCUUAUUGGGUUUGGAGGAGCACUCUACUUUGCAGCUACAGUGGCAUUUAUCGUGGCCAGGGGAGUCUGCGCAGGAUGGAAGUUGAGGACAAUAUUCUAAGUUUAAGCAGACACUAUGUAGAUAAUUAGACAAAUUUGAUACUGUUG